GCCGCGCGAGAGAGCGGAGCACGUCGCGCGCGGUGUACUUCACGGCGAUUUUGCGCGCGUGUUGUAUGUGUGUGUAUGUGUGUGUGUAUAUAUGUGUGUGCGCGCGUGAGUGUCCCGUAAAUAAUGCGCGUUAUCGUCAUCGGCUGGGGGUUCAGCAGCGCGACCGCAACGACGGCGACGGGGACGAUGGCGGUUUGAGGGGGUCCCUGGGGUAUCGAGGCGCGCGUUUGCGGGCUUCGUCAGCGGUCUACACACAGUGCUCGCGCGCACGAACCCGCGAGUAGCCUUCGCUGACCCAAUUCCGAACGCGAGUGAGGGCCUUUCCUUCGCGGCCGCGCCACAACCCUUUGUUUCGUCGGAAUCAAAGUCGAAGUCGACCACACCGAGACGGACGACGGCGACGACGAUGUCAACGAUGUCGCGCGGGUAGCUGGUGGAGCUUCGUAAACAAACAGCCUCGCUACGAACUCGCAGGUGGGACCUGCCUCAUUGUGGUUUCUUCGCGCGAGGAUGCCGUGGAUUUCUCAACUUUAAGAAAAAAAAAAAAGAAAUAACCCGUGCUCAGGAGCAUUAAGGUUAAGUCGAGGAACGCGGGUGUACUCCUCGUGGCGCGCGAGCGCGACGCCGAUCGCUCAGUUGGAGUGCCGACCCCGCGAGGCUCAACAGGCGGCGGCGGCGGCGGACAUUUGCGGGAAGUGGUGACCGAUACAUGGAUGCCGCCGUCACCGUCGGCAGCCUCCGCGCUUUCACUCGGUCACCAUUGGACAACGCGGGCGAGAUGAGGUAUGCCCGUCCACAUUCUCGAGCGGGAACGUCGAAGGGACACGAUCGCGCGUUGUUUAUGAUAAAUCGCCAGCAGCUGCCUGUUGCCGGGACCCGUAGUACGUUCAUAUAUGGCAGUACGUGAGAGAGGCUUCAUCCUGGAGCAAGAUGCCUCACGUCACGCGAAAAUGGGAACUAUUCCCGGGCAGGAAUCGCUUCUGCUGCGAUGGCAGGGUGAUGAUGGCACCGCAGACAGGAGUGUUCUACGUCACCGUGUGCCUCAUCGUCGGAACAACCGGAUUGUUCUUCGGUUUUGAUUGUCCUUAUCUGGCACUACAUGUAACACCAGCAAUACCAGUAAUAGGAGCUUUAUUAUUUAUAUUCGUAAUGUCUGCUUUAUUCCGCACAAGCUUCAGUGAUCCUGGAGUAAUUCCAAGAGCAACACCCGACGAAGCAGCUUACAUCGAAAAACAAAUCGAAGUACCUAACAAUGGUAACUCUAAGACGUACAGACCUCCUCCCAGGACGAAAGAAGUCUUGAUUAGGGGACAACCAGUAAAAUUAAAAUAUUGCUUUACAUGCAAGAUAUUUAGGCCGCCGAGAGCCUCCCAUUGUAGUUUAUGCGACAAUUGCGUAGAGAGGUUUGAUCAUCACUGUCCAUGGGUGGGUAAUUGCGUGGGCAGAAGAAAUUAUAGAUAUUUUUAUGCUUUUAUAGUAUCCCUCGCAUUUCUUUGCGUUUUUAUAUUUAUAUGUGCGGUCACUCAUAUUAUUAUGCUUACGAAAGAUGACAAGCCGUUUUUAGAAGCUGUUAAAUUAUCUCCGAGCAGCGUUAUUGUGGGAGUCGUGUGUUUCUUUUCUGUUUGGAGUAUCUUGGGUCUCGCCGGCUUUCAUACAUAUUUAACUAGUAGCAAUCAAACGACUAACGAAGAUAUCAAAGGGUCAUUCACGAACAGAAGAGGACAGGAUAAUUUUAAUCCUUACAGUCAAGGAAACAUUUGCGGAAAUUUUUUUUAUGUUUUAUGUGGACCAGCUCCACCUAGUUUAAUCGAUCGAAGGGGAAUAGUAACACCUGAAUAUCGCGCGGAACACGAACGAGUUGGUGAUGAUAAUGUGAUUACUAAUAAUAAGACGUACGGUACUGCCAAAAUUGUGCAGCCUCAGUCAAACGGUACGACGGUUCAAACGAGUCCUAGCAUGGACCUCACGGGCUCGAUGAAUAACUUGAUCAGCGGUCAACAUUCGCCGAGAAUAGAAUCGAUAAACGGUGAGUUGACCCUCUUGAGACAUCCUACACGUUGUCCCGAAGACCUACCGAAAUAUCCGCGCCAAUACAUAAACGAUACUUACGUGCCGCCAUACCCGGUGCAGCAUUGCUCUCAGGAUUCUGUGAAACAUAUUAAAUACGCCGAGGUAGAUCGGUUAAAUCCGGACUUUCAAAAGUAUCCGUGUAGAUGCGAGGACGGUUUGCACAAGUAUCCUCAUAGGUGUAGAGAGGAAUAUCAUAGGUGUUCGGAUAACAAUCUCAUAUACGACCAAUGCAUAGGGGAACAGAAAUACGAUAUUGAUCUUCAGAAAUAUCCUCAAAGAUACUCCGAGGAUCCCUUACGUUACAAGAUAAGCGAGAAAAACGGUUACACCGAUCUGCAAAAGUUUCCCCAGUGCUAUUCCGAAGAUCCAUUACGGCUCUCGCAGUCGCCGCAUAUGCUUAAAUAUAACAAUUUGCGGUGUACCGAGCCUAGCCUAAAAUAUCCGAUAACGAAGAACAUUCUGCCGGCGCGUAUAUUAGGCACGGGUGGCAUACCGAUUAUCGGGCAGACUGCGAUUGGUCUCGUGGUCAACAGAUUCGGUUCCGGACCGCUAACUAAUAAUUUAUCGUACGCGGAGAAUUCGUUAUGCCCAAGCGAUAGCACGGAGGAAGAUCUCCUAAAUCGCCGUUUCAUUAUGAGUUCACUGAGCGACAAUGAGGACAUUUAACGUCUAUUGUCAACCGAUAAUGCAUUUUUGAAUUAUAAAAUUCAUUUGUAGGAAAAACAGAACAAUAAGAUAAUUAUUAUUAUAUUCUUAUGUAUACUAAAGAAAUCUUGGACUUGUUAGAAAGCUUUAAGAAUUAGAAUUGUAAUUCGUCCUGUUCUCAAAAAGAUCUUUCGCAUUGGGAAAGAGUGUACUGAUUUGUAUAUACGUAUACAUAUAAAUGGUUAUGCGAUUGUUCUUGAUUCCUUUAAUUGGGAAUUUUAACAAAAGUUAUAUAUACAAACACCAAGAGGUUGAAUUUAAUUGUUGAAAGAAAGAGAUCUAUUUAUUUUUUGAAAGUACCAUUUUGCAUUACACAUAAAAUGUUUAUUUUAAAAAUAUGUAUAUUACAGUUAUGGUGGUAUAUAAGUCAGUUAAGGGUAUACGAUACCAGUUAUGUUUACUUGACGGAAUUCUUCUCAAUGGUAUUUUUUUAAAUUUAUAUUUUAUAAUGUUAUUUGUUAUCAGGGUUGGUAAGGUUCCUUUUUUUUCUUUAAUAAAGUCCAUGUCAGUGGUAAAAAUCGGUAUUUUUAGGGAAAAACCAGCAAAACCUGAUCUUAUCUAAAAAUAAUAAGAUAAACAAAAAACAAUGAGAGUUAAUUGACAGUUUUUUUUCUAAUUUAAGCUUUAUUUAAUAUAAAAUUUGGAAGCGACGUAGGAAAAUAAAUUAGUUUUUGUUUUGUUACACAAUAUUGAAUGGUAAAUACGAAACAGAUUUAUAUAGAUAAAAAUGUUUAAUUUUGUUACUAUUAUGUUUUUCUCAUGAAACUAAAAAUUAAUAUAAAAUUUAAUAACAUUUAUAUCUUCAAAGUUUUUGUAAAAAAAUAUUUUACAAAUUAAUUAGAGUUAAAAGAACUUUAUAUUAUAAAGUUUUAUUACUAAUAAUUUGUAAAUAGGUUAAUUUUAUUUUUCUUUAAACCAUAGUGGUUAGUAUGACUUACUAAUUAAAGCAAAAAUAUCUGAACAUAUAAUUAUGUAAAUAUAUUUUAGUGUUACAUAUUAAUCAUUUUUAUAAUUUUUGUCAAUUUAUUCUGUUGGAUGUAUUUUGGAACAGUCAAAACUUUAUCACGAUUUUUCCCAUUUACUGGACUUUUCCAGCCUGUUAUAGAAAGUAUUAUACUUCUCAAUCUAUUACUUCUACACAUACUCAGUAGUCUUGGUUAAAAAGUAAUCUCGAAUUUUUUGAAUUUUGUUAAUUGCGUAAGUUUAUUACUGUUAUAAAAAUGAUAAAAUGAUAAAGCACAAUGCAAAAUAUGUUUUGUAAUAAGUUUCUUUAUUUCUGUAUCGAUUACGUGAAAAUGUUUUUGUACAUAUAUAUAUUUAUGUUUCUUAGUAAUUAGUAAAGUUUGAACAUAAUUCAAUAAAUUGUAUUUCUCUGUUGUUUAAAAUUA